AUGCUCCCAAGCUUAUUCCUCUUUUCAUUCCUCUUUUGCACCUGUUGCGGCCAGAAUAACUUCAAUCCGCUCCAAUAUCACCCUCAGAUACACAGCUACGUGCAAUAUUUGGUGAGACUCACGACUUAAAAGUUUAGGUAACUCUGAGAUUUCAGCCUGAUGUUAAAUCCAAAGAAUCUUUAAUCAAGGUUGCUGAAGUUUGCGGAGCUAAUGAGCAGGCAAAGUAAAGAAAACUUUUUGAAUUCAAACAAAACAAUACGUUGAAGGGUGAAAGAAUGUGCGGAUCCGCUGUACAAAAUGGGGGCCAUUUCCGAAGAUACAAACACGCUUGGAUGGGAAGGAUUUUUGUAUCGCACCAAAGCUUACUUCAGCGACGUUUGCGAGUAGGCAUUUUCAUUUUUUAUUUUUCGAGACCAUCUGGAUAAAAUGGGAAGCCACAGUGAGUUUUAAAUACAGAUUUGAUUAUAUCAGCAUUCAAAUUCUUUUCUCUCACGGUUUUCUAGCAACAUUUUUAAAUUUGCGUGAUGAGCUACCAAAAUAAAUUACCAUGUCUAGAUCAUUCCGAAGAGCACUAAUCAAGAAAAACAGCUAGAUUUUUUCUUGAAGUCCUUCAAAGUUUCAGAUGCUGUUUUUCAGAACUUCUAUCAUCGUUGACCGAAACUCACACAAAACUUUUUCCGACCAUAUUCACUAUAUGCGCCGUUAAAUUUCAAAUUUUUAAAAAUGUCUAAACUUUUAGUCAGUGAGUGAAUUUUAUCUUCCUCCUUUUUUCAGCGACUUAGUUCCGCCAGUUGGGCGCACACUAGGUUUCUCUCAAGAUAUAGUUCGAAAACCAUCCAACUUUAAAAUUCUUGACAGGAACCUCCAGAUGAGAGCUCCCUACUGAAACAUUUAUUAUAACUUUCUUGCAGCAACUUUUUCCUAUUCGACGUCUGCAUCGAGCCUUAUAAAGAUGUCUGUUUUACUGCCGACAGCACCCGUUUCAAAUACGAUGCAGCUUUGAAAAUGCUCGACUUUUUGUGUCGAGAUGGCUAUAGUGGUGAGUUUCCAAAAAAACUUAUUUGUCCUAAUGUCUUAUUGAGAAAUGGUGCAAAAUUUGGAAUGUUUCACACGGACGUUGACUAGGGCAGAGAUGAUGCAGUGCCAAGCUGAACUAGUGGCAGACACCAGAAAAAUUUCAGAGACUGGACCAAGUUCUUUGACUCCGCAGAACACGGCUGUUUGCGGGUUACUUUUACUGAAUUUACUGAAAAUCAUUCAUUUUUCAAAGUUAAACAUGAUUCAACUGGUUUUUUUUUCUCGAAAAAGCUCAUAAUUUUCGAAACUUGAGAGGAAUUUUUGAAACAUACAAUUUUGAAAACCGUAUUUUAUUGUCGAACUAUGACCAGAGCGUUUUUUGAUGUAUAAAAUUAAAAACUUGUAAUAAUCCCUCUCAGCAACUUUUCCAUUUUUGAAAACAGAUAACUUAUUUCUUGGUUUAUUAAAGCCUCAACAUGUACUUCAAAACUUGAACAUUCUUACGAAUUGGAAUCAUUUGGGAUUUUAAUAUCGCGCAUCAAGUACUGCGGUCUAUUCUCCAAAAAAACGUUACGGAAUUUCAAGUGAAAUUCUUCGACUGUGAAGAUAUCUUGACAAAUUGAAAAAAAGUUAAACGAGAAAUCAAUUCUGAGCACCUUGAUGAGAAAUCUUAAAGAAUUCACUUUGAUAAGAAAUCAUUGUGUGAUUCAGAGCAAUGCGCAACUACGUAGACUGCGUCAAGUAUCCCAUCCGUUACGAAUGCGGCUACAGAGCUUGGCAACUAGUCCGCGAGCUGAUCGUUCGUCCAACCAAAACGCUUCUUCCAACUUGCAAACUGAACUUCUCUCACCUGACAAACUUCUCCACUGUCUUUCUAAUCACAAUUGCUUUUUUGUUUUUUCAUUAUAAUCAUUUCAACUGA